AUGGAAAUGAGUACCGACUUGAACAAUGGCAAACCCGUUGUCUCAUGCAAUUGGACGAUGAAAACUAAGGGGUAUCAACCAGAUAUCGUUGACCAGCUUCUUGCAUACACCGACAAUCCCGCUCUGGAGAAAGUCAGAACUAGACCCCCGGGACAACACCCGUUCUCUGAAAAGGAAGUUCGAUGGAUGAAGGAGCGCCUGGACACGUGCACACAAAUGCACCCUAUCUGCAAACAGGCUAGAGCAGAAGCGGAGUUCUUUGAGAAACCAAAAUUUCUCCUUGACAUAGGAUCAGACGACAAUACUGACACGCGCCUCGUCGAAAGUUCGAAUUCUCGAGCUAUCAAGUACGCCAUACUCAGCUAUUGCUGGGGGCAAGGCAGCUCUAAAACCUAUAUGACUACUUCAGACAACCUGUCAGCCCGUCUCGCGAGGUUGGAUUUGCAUGAGCUGCCCAAAACGAUUAGGGAUGCGGUCACAGUCACGAGAGCUUUAGGGAUCCGAUAUUUAUGGGUUGAUGCUCUUUGCAUUGAGCAGAAUUUGAGCCGUUCAGAAAAGAGAGAAGUCUUGCGAAACAUGCCCGAAAUUUAUGCUGGAGCGGCAAUUGUCAUAGGUGCUGGCUCAGCAUCGCACUGCAAUGAAGGCUUCUUGGGACGUAGGAACCUGCAGUAUCAUGUGUAUGAACUGCAAGUUUCUCGAACCAAUGGCCUUGUCAUUACUAAUGACAAAGUGCGCCUUGUUGAACGCGGUUUCGAAGUGAAAUUGGAUCCAUUGUACACAAGGGUAUGGACAUACCAAGAAGGCGAAGCAGCGUUGUUCUCUCUGGCGUUCGACACCGAGAAACUUGUAUGGAAAUGUCAACAGUCACAUCGCGCAGACAGCGACAUUGGACUUCUCUCGGACCCAUACGAAGGGAACGAGACAAUGACCUUCUUCGAUUUGCUUAUGGGGAGCAGAGAAGAAGUCUGCUCAUCCAGUCUCGAUUUGUGCAUAAGUAAGUAUAUCGAAAUGUGUUCAGAUUAUUCAAGACGCCAAUGCGGAAAUUUGGACGACAAGCUCAUGGCUUUUUCAUGGGCGAUCGACCUGAUGGCCAAGGCCACGCGGUGGGAUAUCUCAGAAUGCAAGGCUGCACUGUGGGAAAGGGACAUGCCAAGGCAGCUUCUUUUCUGUCGCCGCGCCGCUGAAAAAUCUAGCAUUGAGACUAGUUCAGACAGGCAGAAUACGAGAGAGAAAACGAUGAUACCAUCAUGGUCGUGGACGUCUAAAAGAACGCCGGUGAGAUGGAAAGAUCUCAACGACCGCGACCACGGGAAAGACUACACUGCCGAAUAUGUAGCAUGCGACAUUGUUCCAGCAGACGUUUCGGAUCCUUCGGGAGCAAUCACGGGAAAGCAAUUAACGUUGAGGGGAAAUGUCCGCACGGCUCUGUGGAACGGUCUUGCAUUUAUGACAUAUGAUGUUUCACAAGCUGGCCGAAAGCUGACUUCAAGACAACGUAGUCAGUCGCCCACUGAUCGGUUAGCAGACGCUUCGCAGAAAGGAGGAGGAGGAGAUACAAAGCGCAAACCGGUCUUAGCUACGUCUUCCUACCGACGACGCGACCCACCUCUUUCUAGGUUGACAGUAGACGUCACUUGGGACUGUCUAUUGGAGCCUGGCUAUCAAAGAGUGAAGCUCCUUGAGCUCCGCUGCACAUUCAUCAAGCCGGUAUACUAUUCUUUUGGGAUCAUUCUCACCUGCAACCGCCGGGGCACAUCGGAAAGAUUAGGUUAUUUUAGAUUUAAGAACGCUGCAGGCAUGAAUUGGUUUCAAGAGCGGGACAAGAGUAUAAUCAGAAUUGUUUGA